GCUCAGUAGCUGGCUCCCCCGGAUGUUGUUGCACAGCUGUUUCCGGGGCGGUGUGAGGAGAAGUAGGACUCCUAAUGGGUCGCAGCCGCAGCCGAUCCCCACGGAGGGAACGUAGGCGAUCCCGGUCCACUUCCCGGGAGAGAGAGCGCCGGCGCAGGGAAAGGUCCCGAUCCCGGGAGAGAGAUCGCAGGAGGAGCCGCUCCAGGUCCCCGCACAGGCGGCGCUCCAGAUCUCCAAGACGACAUAGAUCCACAUCUCCUUCUCCUUCACGACUGAAAGAAAGAAGAGAUGAGGAAAAGAAAGAAACAAAAGAAACAAAGAGCAAAGAACGUCAGAUUACUGAGGAAGACUUAGAAGGCAAAACAGAAGAAGAAAUAGAAAUGAUGAAGUUAAUGGGAUUUGCCUCUUUUGACUCUACAAAAGGGAAGAAAGUAGAUGGUUCUGUAAAUGCCUAUGCCAUAAAUGUAUCUCAGAAGAGAAAGUACAGGCAGUACAUGAAUAGGAAAGGUGGAUUCAACAGACCUUUGGAUUUUAUUGCAUGAGAACUGAAAUGUUGAAGAAUGAUUUCCCCCCAUCUUGGUCAGAGAGUGGAUUUUGUAUUUUGUAUUUAAUAUGCAUCAAAAACGGGAUCUCAGUUCUUCCUUCUUGUAAAGUAAGAAAAUCUUAUUUAUGAUGUAUGCAGUUCACUUACCUUUCCUCCAAAGAAGAUAGGUUAAAUACUACUUUUUUUUUUAAAAGGAAAUAACAUUUGAGGCAAUCAUCAGCCCCAUUUUGUUUGUUCUUAUUCCUAUGGAAGCUGUAUAUGUUUUCUUCUUGGAUGGUUGUUAAAACUUUUUUAAAAACAUAAAAGUAAUUUGGACAUGAGUUUCUCCAAUAAAGUAAUAUUUCUACCCAUUUUA